AUGCAAGCUAGCGCGGUAUUCAUCAGUGCCACUUUUGAGGAGAUUCUAGACGAUUUAUCGAGUCGUUUCAUUAUCAACGUCCCCGAGGCAGAGCUUUCAUCUGUCGAGCGUAUUUGUUUUCAAGUAGAACAAGCGCAUUGGUUUUACGAAGAUUUCAUCAGAGAGCUUCGACCAGAAUUGCCUUCGUUUCAGCUCAAGACAUUUUCUGCGAGAAAUAUCCUUUUUAAAUGA